AUGUUGAAUAUGAAGCUGAGAAGGCCAAAUACAACUGCGAGUAUUUGGUCGUCGGGUAAAGUCACCUGUACAGGUGCCACCAGUGAGGAUGAGGCAAAAUUAGCUGCAAGGCGCUUUGCUCGCAGACUACAGAGGUUGGGUUUCAAUGUACGUUUUAUCAAUUUCCGGAUUGUCAAUGUUUUGGGGACCUGUUCAUUACCAUUCGGCAUCAAGAUUAACCUUUUCUCCAAACAAUAUCCACAGCAGGCCAGGUAAGUGCUAGAGGCUACACACACACACACA